ACGGGUUUCAUCUUUACCAAAGCUUUUUAAGUAAAUUGAGCAUCUGCUAAAACACGGAUUGACUCUUUCGAGCUCUUCUACCAUGGUGACGAUUAGCAGAUCCAAUCUUUUUCUUUCUCUUUCUCUAACACUUUGUUUCUGCCUUCUUCUUCCCACAGCACACGCUUUUUCAUCUGGGCAAAUUGAUGGUUUCACUAUCAAUGGUCGGGUAAAAAUCCCAAAUUUUGGGACUAGAGAUUAUGGCUUGCCUGCAAAAACAUCAAAUAUCAAGGUGAUACUCAAUGGCGGUCAAAGGGUUACAUUUUUGAGGCCUGAUGGAUAUUUUUCAUUCCAUAACAUCCCAGCCGGCACUCAUCUAAUUGAGGUGGCUGCAACUGGUUAUUUCUUUUCCCCGGUUCGUGUUGAUGUUAGUGCUAGAAACCCUGGGAAAGUUCAGGCUGCAUUGACAGAAACCAGAAGAGGGUUAUCUGAGUUGGCUUUGGAGCCUUUGAGAGAGGAAUACUAUUACGAGAAAAGGGAACCCUUCUCGCCCAUAUCUCUUCUGAAAAGCCCCAUGGGUCUGAUGGUUGGCUUCAUGGGCCUAGUUGUUUUCGUGCUGCCCAAACUAAUGGAAAACAUGGAUACUGAGGAAAUGAGGGAAGCUCAAGAACAAAUGAGGAGUCAAGGUGGAUUAGCAAGCCUUUUAGGUGGUGUUGGUGCUACUUCUGCUCCUGCCGCUGCUCGGAUAAACUGACCCAAAGCUUCAGACUCCUGCGACUGAAAAAAAAACAUUUGGAGUAGGAAAUGCAUAAUGGAUUAUUAGCCGAUAAUUUUGCACUGUUUUAAGCAAAGCUCUUGUGAUAUUUUAGAAGAUCAUAAUCCUUUGUAGUUUUUCUGGCCUUUCCAAUUUCCAUACGAUGUUAGAAGAUCAUUCUAGUCGGGCUUUUUCAGAUUUACUAGUCAUGUUGAAUAUGUUAAAUUUACAGAUAUGAAUUUUUGGGUAUGUCACGUUUUAUAUGUUUUCUCUA